AGCGCCAGCAAAUGACCCACAGGAUUGUUAGUCUAUGGCAAUAUGACAGCUGAAAAAGGAGUUGAUCUGUGUAGUGCUCGCUGUCAACAUUUCAAUUCUUUCUAGGUAGAUGCAUAUCCUGUUUAUUGAAAAUGUAUGUAUUUGCCAAAAGUUAAGAACCCAUGAGGGACACCAGAAUCAUGUCUUCUGAAAUUUGUGAAACAAUAUGGAUGGCAAAACAGGAGAGGCACAAGAAUCUUUUUCUGAAUUAUAGAAACCUUAGCCAUUUUCCUCUGGAGCUUUUAAAAGAUGAAGGGUUGCAGUUCUUGGAAAGACUUUACAUGAAGAGGAACUCUCUCACUUCAUUGCCAGAAAACAUUGCACAGAAGCUGCCAAAUCUGAUUGAGUUGUACCUUCACUCAAACAACAUUGCAGUUGUUCCUGAAGCUAUUGGCUCUUUAGCUAAACUGCGGUCCCUGGAUCUAAGCAAUAAUGCACUGCAAGUAGUCUGCCCUGAGAUUGGUCGGUUGAGGUCACUUCGGCAUCUGCGAUUGGCAAAUAAUCAACUGAAAUUUCUUCCUCCAGAGAUAGGAGAUUUGAAAGACCUGGAAACACUGGACCUUUCUACAAACCUCUUAACCACGCUCCCAGAGAGACUUCACCAGUGCCUUUCUUUGCAAUGUCUGACAGUGGAUCGCAAUAGAUUAGGCUGUUUUCCUCGGCAACUCUGUCAACUACCAAGUCUAAAUGAGCUCUCAAUGGCGGGGAACUGCCUUGCUUUUUUGCCACUAGAUCUCGGACGAUCCCGGGAGCUACAAUAUGUCUUUGUGGACAAUAAUGCUGACCUGAAAGGCCUGCCAUCUUAUCUUUACAACAAAGUGAUUGGCUGUAAUGGGUGUGGUUUAUCAGUUACAGUUUCAGAUCUGAAACUUCAGUCCAAGUCUUCAAGCGAGAUGACAAUUCCCCUGCCAGCAGAGGUCAAAACAAUAGGCACAGAAAUGGAGAGAGUUAUACGUCUGGAGGAGCUAACUAUGAGAGUUUUACACAGCAUUUACAAGAGCAGGAUCAAAGAUAUGAACUUCUACCCACCUUUUGUCCUAUCCAAGAGUCACUGGAAACUUCUUCAUUGUCCAUUGGGGCAUUGUCAUCGCUGCAGCCAGCCAAUGUUUACUAUUGUCUACCCAAAAUCAUUUCCUUUGAGGGAAACACCAUUAGCUGAUGUGCACCGCAGGACUGCUCUCAGUUUUGUUGCAUACUGCUGCUCAAGCCGCUGUCUACAGUCAUUUAACCUGCAGAACUGAAUCAAAUCAACUCAUUCCACAGCUAUGAAAAAAGAUCUUUUUACACCAAGGAAAAACUAGUUUAAUGGACUUCCACUGCCAUGGAUUUCGGAAAGCAGCACAGACCGACUUGUCAGCAGGCACAGAGGAUCACAAAUCUGAUUAUUGAGGGUGCCUGGUAAACGAUCUCCAGGGAGGACUUGCAUAUGCAGUAAACUGACAUUUCAUUUUUCCUGUGGAAACAAUUUAACUGCUUCUGCAAACCUAAGACUGAGCCUUUCUUAGAGAAUUCUGCUGGGACAUGUGAAGUGAAUGGUGCAAUGGGCCACAGAGAACUGACAAACGUCUAUGGUUUGUGUGAUCGUUGCAUUAUUGUAGAUCAGUGCAUUUCUGUAUUUUCUUACUUGAAGUGAAGAGAUGCAAAGGUUUGGCAUCUUUAGAACCUUAAUCAGAAUAUCCUGAAGUUAGGAAUAACUGUGUUUGGAUAUUCUGUUUUUUAUUAUACAUAAAUGAGUACAUUAUCAGAUAUUAAGGAAUUCAGGUGUGACUUGCAGUACCACAUUUGUAAAGAUACAGCAUUGCUCUGUAGAUCUUGACUUAUGUCUUAAAAUAUAAUUAGGUGUCUCCAAUCCAGUCAUUUCAAGUACAAUAAUAUAAGGUGCUACGUGUCAAGGUAUUUAUAAAUGAUCUUGUAAGAAAAUCAUAUAUCUUGGACUCCUUAUGUGAGGUUGAACAGCCCUUCAGAAAUUGCAUCUCAUCAGUCCCCGUGUGUCUGUCGAGUUCAGAUUUUGUAUGCACAGGAUGGCAGUUACCAUUUCAGAUUGUGAAUUUUUAUUGGUGAUCUGCUACCCCUAAGACUCCAGUUUAAUACGUUGUAUACCCACCUGACUCUGUUGACCUUUUAUGCUCAAUUAAAACAUUAAUUUUCUUGUACAUAAGGGAGGUCAGUAGUGAUGAUAUGACAAUUCAGCUGCCAGCAUGAUGUGAAACACAAGUGGCACUUCAGAGUCUUGGUGCCCAGUUUAUUUGGUUCUUACUUUAGCUGAAAUAAUGAAAAACACACAAUAUGUUUAAUUAUCAUUUAUCUAGGAAUAGCACGGGUGGCUCCUUGCCCCCAAAUUCUUUUUGUUCACUUUCUGUUGUCUGAAGCAUUCGGAGGACUGAGACCCAUAAUUCUCAUGUCGUUGACUUCGCCUCCAGCCAUAUCUUAUCCAGCUUCCCUCCGCUUAUUCCAUCAUAACGCAGCAUACCUGUGGUAAAGCCACCUCUGAGUCUCUUCAUUGCUAGGCCCCACACCAGCCUUGUCUCCUUUUUUCACAGUGAAAAUCACAAAGUUGUAUAAAGUACCCAAUACCCACACUUGAGUAAAAGCACAGAUAACUUUCUGAAAAGUCAGAUUUACCCAUGAGAAAACUACUAAAGUAGAGGUUUUAAAAUAUCUGAUACUAAGUGUAUUGAAGUACAGUUAAAUGUAGGAUCUUUUCAUUUUUUAUCCAUUCAUCUUUGAAUGUCACUUAUCCAGAGCUGGGUCACGAGGCAGCUGAAGCCUAUCCCAGCAAGCAUUGGGCACAUAGCAAGAACAACACCUGGACAGAGCACUGGUUCAUAACAGGGUAAUAAAACACCAGGGAUCUACUAUCGUCAAUUCACCCAACCGUCAAGUCUUUGGACAGUGGGAUUUAUAAAGCCCACAUGGACUGGAGGAGAACAACUGGGACUUGAACCUUGACCUUGAUGCAAGGCACUAGCCUUAACACUGCACCAUAGUGACAGCCCACUUCUUACAUAAUUGUAAAAAAAUGUUCUUCCAAAUUCAGACUACCUUUUUUUUUUGUGUGUCAGUCAUAGUACUGAAGUAUAACACAUAGUACAAAGUAAACAGUGCAGUCACUGGCAUUUGAGCCUGCAACUUGAAACAGUGACAUUAAGCGUGAGCGGACAUCUUAAUGAUUGUAUCCUAAUUCAGUGGGGUAGGCACUAAUAGGAAUUCAAGUUCCCCUACUUUAAGAAGGAGCUAAUCUAUUCCUGAAAACCCCUUCCUAAAGUGAAUGUUUCGAGCACAAGCGCCUGAUUCCAAUUAAUUUAAUUCUAUGACAUUUUUGGCAACACGGUGGCGCAGUGGUAGCGCUACUGCUUUGCAGUUAGG